GCGUCGAUGCGUUCCUCGUCGUUUAACCGUCCCACGCUUUUUGGAGAGUUAACGGUGCUGCAGCCUCACGCACUGUGACACAGCUUUUGAAAUGUGCUACUCCACCACUGCUGCACAGAAUUACACGAGUGGAGGGAAACGGGCUUGGGGAAUCCUGAAACCUCGAUCCUCAGCUGCAGAGGAACCCCCAACAUGGAGAGUAAAGAGGAGGCCAGCGAUACAGACAGCGGCAUCAUUCUGCAGUCAGGCUCGGACAGCCCCACCUCCCCCCUGAAGGAUGCACACACGCGCAUGCAGGCCGCCAAACUGCGGCAGCAGAGCCUGCAGGACCGGCUGGAGGAGUGUCUGAAGGAGCUGAAGAAAGUGUGCAUCCGAGAGGCUGAGCUGACCGGGCACUUGUCGUCGGACUACCCGCUGUUGCCGGGGGAGGAGCCGCCAAACAUCCGCCGCCGCGUCGGAACCGCUUUCCGAUUGGACGAGGAGAGCAUCCUCCAGGGGGAUGAGCACCCGGAGCUGGGCCCCCUGGAGGCGGAGCUGGCGCUGCAGCUGCAGAUUUACGAGGCGGCCCGAGGACUGUGCCAGGAGGAACACCGCAGCAAGGCGGUGCGGCGCAGCCGGCUGCAGCAGUGCCGCGCGGCCGAGCGGCGGGUGAAGGAGCUGCAGGAGUCCGCCUUCCAGCUCCGCCUGCGCCUGGGCCGAGGCUCGCCCCGCCCCCACCGCCGCCACACCGAUCUCGGCCCGUCAGAUGACACCUCCCUGUCGGACUCGGCUUUGCAGGACGAAGAUGAGGCUCCCAGCCAGGGUUCGGACCGAAGCCGAGAGUCCUCCCCUGUCCCGGACCCCCUCCCGCCUGCCCCGGAGACCCCCCAGACCCCGCUGUUCCCCCCGCUGUUCCCCCCUCUACAGGCCCUGGGGGAGCUGAGGCCCAGCUACAGCCCCAGCGUGGACUACGACCUGCCCCCCAUCCAGAACUCUCCCUGGACAGAGUCCAGCCUGGACGAGCCCUACCAGAAACAAAAGAAGAAGAGCCGCUCCAGCUACAGCAGCCAGGCCAGCACCCCCAUGUCCACCCCCAUGUCCACCCCCAUGUCCACCCCGGUGUCGACCCCGGUGGACCCCCAGUUCGGCAGCUCCGCCCACCCGCUGCAGUUCACUCCAAUCAGGACCGUGGAGCUGCGGCCCGCCCAGUGCAACAGCGCCCCCUGCACCCCGGAGCUGCAACUGCGCCGACAGCAGUCUCAGUCGUUCAGGCUCCCGAGCAGAGAGCUACCCCACGAGCCGGACCUUCGGCAGGGCCGUCCCCGGAUGCCGAGGCGGCGGAUCGUGGAGUUUGGCGUGAUGCCGGGGGACUGCGGCCCCCUGAUGGUGGGGAUGAGUAACGCGCUGUACCAGUCUGGCUCCGAGGACAGCUGCUCGGAGCACUCGGCCCCCUCCUACACCUCCUCUCCCUGCGGCGACCUCCCCGGGAACACCCCCCACCUGUCCCCCUACGGGUACUCCUACCCGGGGCCCCACGGACACCCCCUGGCCUACGCUGGGCCCCACGGACCCCCCGUGGCCUACAGGCCGCCCCUGGACUUCCCUGGCCCCCACGGCGGGCCCCUGGCCUACACGGGCCCCAGCUUCUACAAGAACCCCAUGCACCAGUCCAGCCCCAGCUUCUACAGGGGGUAUGUGGAGGAGGAUCUGGGGUUCCCUCCCGAAAUGGACGUGGGGCGGCUGUACCUGGGCCCCCACCCCGGCCCCCCCGGGCGCUACGAGUGCUGGUACGAGGACGCCCCCCCGCCCCCGCCGCGGCUGGCGGCCCGGCCCCUGCCCCCCCACGCCCGGCUGUCCCGCGCCCCCUCCCUCAGAGGGCCGGCCCCGCCCCGUCCCCACGGCGACCGCGUGCCGGAGGGGCUGGCGUUGUGGCAGCAGCGCGGCCAGCAGAGGGAGCCGCGCCCGCGCUCGCUCGACAGGAAGGGCGCGGUCCGCCUCCGCAGCGUCCAGGAGCGGGAGUCUCCCCUCGCGUUCCCGCACCGCCAACAGCGCCGGCCGCCGCCGCAGCAACGCUACCUGGAGCAGGUCCCCCAGAAGGCUGGCCUCCGCAGCCCCGCCGACGGGACCCCGGCGCAGUGGUUCCUGCACGAGGACGCGGAGAUUGCCAGCCAGGUGUAGCUGAAGCGGACUGUGCCUCCGGGCGCGCGUUGGACCCAUCCUGGAGGAACCUCGUCUAUUUAUUUGAUUCGUGCUGCUGCCCUCCUGCCGGGAGUCCCGACCUGAAGCCUGAUUUAUACUUCUGCGUGGAGUCGACGCUGAGGCUUUAAUGUGGAUUACGGGCGUUGAGGAAGACCCUAACCCGGUCUGAUUGGUCGGACUCGGGAACAAGACACAGCCGACAUGGCUGUUUUUUUACUGUGAAAAAAAGAAAAAUGUUUUUUUGGGGUUUUUUUAAUGAACUGUAAUUUUAAUCGUAAACCAUGUUUUGAUUGUCAAAAGAUUUCAACUACUGUACUUAAAAUAUAUUUAUAGUUUUAUAUAUAGUUAUAUAUAAAUGUUUGUUGUUUCAUGGAUAUUUCUGCAAUAUUGAAUAAAAUGUUGGUGGUAA